AUGAAUUCCGUCUCAACUGAAUCAAAGGACUUCUUGAAGGUGAUGAAAACGAGGUUCAGCGGCAUCUUGUACUCUUGCGAUAUUCCUGUUUACUCUUGUGAAGAGCUUGUUGAUGACAGACAGGCAGUCGUAAAGGUGUUCUACGAGCCGAUCACAUUUGCAAUCGAUGUUGUCCAUUGUGGUAUCUACCCAAAUGCCGGCUAG